AAUUUUGGCUUUGGCUCCAUCGUCUUUCAACGGCUAACAAUUCUCCAUUUUUUUCCCUCGGAAAAACUCCCUAUUCUCCUACCAUUUAUAAGGUGCAUUCAAUGGUCAGUAGUUCUUCUUACAAAGAAGUUGAGAAAUGGAACCCUUGAGAAAGUCUUUGAAAUCAUACUGUUCUAGUGCAAAACAGCAACAAAACCCUGAACAGCAACCUCUCCUGCUUCACUCCGACGACAGUCAUACGGCAGAGUCGUUUGAUGCUCGCAAGCAGAGAGAAGAAGUGAUCGUCAACAUAGACAACAGUAGCGAUGCUGCUGUCAAGGAAAAUGGGGACAACACAUCAAGGGUUCAACAACCUUCAGGUUCAUCCAGGAAAUCCAAAGUUUCAUUUCAUGAAGUGUUGACUGAAGCUGUGCGGCAAAAGAGCAAGGACGUCUCAGGCCAAGCACCCCAAUGGUCUUCUGGUUUGGGUGGAGGACAGUUUUUGAGGUGUGAUUCAACUGAUUACCUUCGUCAAAACUCAUGGAGGCAAUUGGUGAAUAAAACCAAGUCCAGGUUGCUUGACCCACUUGAGGACCGAUAUGGAAGGAGCAACAGUAUGUACUCUGAAGACGAGUUCAAGGAAAAUAACAAUGACGAGGGAGACAAUCCAGAUGAAUACAAGGCACUGAAGUUCAAUUUACUGACGAUACUUCAGUGGUUAAGUCUGGUUCUAAUUAUAGCAGCCUUAGUUUGUAGUGUCUCCAUCCCUGGUAUCAAAAGUCUAAGGCUUUGCGACCUUCAGUUAUGGAAAUGGGAGAUAAUGGUUUUGGCAUUAAUCUGUGGACGACUUGUUUCGGGUUGGGUAAUCCGAUUAGUUGUGAUCCUCAUCGAGCGCAAUUUUCUUCUGCGAAAACGAGUUCUCUAUUUCGUGUAUGGAUUGAGAAAGCCUGUUCAGAACAGCCUCUGGUUAGGUCUCGUAUUGCUGGUGUGGCGUUUGGUAAUAAAUGACAAAGUCCAGGAGGAGACCAACAGCAAGGUGUUACCAUACGUAACCAAGAUUCUCAUAUGUUUCUUGGUGGCUACCUUGAUAUGGCUCGUCAAAACCCUCCUUGUUAAAGUCCUUGCUUCAUCAUUCCAUGUAAAAACCUUCUUUGACAGAAUCCAGGAAGCUCUUUUCAAUCAAUACGUCCUUGAGAUACUCUAUGGUCCUCCCUUGUUUGACAAAGAAGAAGAAGAGGAUAAUGAACCCGAGAUUGAGGACUCACAAAAUACCAGCACCCUUCCUCCAAGGACUGAGGCAGCACAAAAAACCAGUAAGGUGAAGAAUAGUCCCAGGAUUUCAAAGCUAAUAUCUAAGAGGAAAGCUGAGAAUAUCAAACUCGACCACCUUCAGAAGCUGAAUCAGAAGAAUAUAUCAGCUUGGAAUAUGAGGAGGAUGAUUAAUAUGGUUAGCCGCAGGAACUUGACUACCCUGGAUGAGCAGAUACUCAACUGUGAGGGAGAUGAUGAAUCUUCAGUGCAGAUUAGGAGUGAACACCAAGCAAACGAAGCAGCUAACAAGAUUUUCCAGAAUGUUACUAAGCCAGAGUCUCAAUGCAUUUACAUUACAGACCUUAUGCGCUUUAUGGGUCGAGAUGAAGCUAUAAAGGCAUUGCAAGUCUUCGGAGCAGGAAGUGAAGACGAAGAAAUCAACAAGGCAUCUCUCACCAAUUGGCUGGUCAAUGCCUUCAGAGACCGAAAAGCACUUGCAUUGUCCCUAAAUGACACAAAAACUGCCGUGGAUGAACUCCACAACAUGUUGAACAUCGUAGUAGCCAUUAUCAUUAUCAUAAUUUGGCUCAUCAUACUCGGAAUCCCUGUCACCCACUUCCUUGUAUUCAUAAGCUCACAACUUCUGUUGGUGGUGUUUAUCUUCGGGAAUACAUGCAAGACUGUGUUUGAAGCAAUAAUCUUUUUAUUCAUAAUGCAUCCAUUCGAUGUCGGUGAUCGCUGCGAGGUGGAUGGAGUGCAGAUGGUAGUAGAAGAAAUGAAUAUAUUAACCACGGUGUUCUUAAGGUGUGAUGGCCAAAAGCUUGUAUAUCCGAACAGCGUAUUGUCUACCAAGCCCAUUGGAAACUUCUACCGAAGUCCAGACAUGGUUGAAACAAUUCAAUUUUGCAUCCAUGUUUCAACUCCACCAGAGAAGAUUGCCACCAUGAAAGAAAGAAUUAUUGGGUACAUAGAGAGCAGGGAGCACCACUGGCAUCGUAACCCACUGCUGGUUGUGACGGAUGUAGAAGAGAUGAACAAGCUGAAGUUUUCGGUAUCGUCGAAGCACAAAAUGAACUACCAAAACAUGGCGGAGAGAUGGAUUAGGAGAGGCCAUUUACUUGAAGAAACGAUUAAAAUACUUAAAGAGCUUGACAUUGAAUAUCGGUUGCUGCCUAUGGAUGUGAAUGUGAGGAACAUGCCUAAUUUGGUUUCACACAGGCUGCCUUCAAAUUGGAGUACUUGUCUUAGCUAAGCUAAUUACUGGUGUAGAAGAUUUAAUAAUCUUGGUGGGAGUUUGAGAGCAGUGUUGCCUCAAUAUCCAUCUUUCUGUCUACUAGAUAGUAAGUUCAAGACAAAACAAAGCACUGUCCCAUCCCAUGACUUGGGGGAUAGCUUCUAAAUAUAGAUGGGUACAAAGAGUUGAAUAACAUUUUGUGAAAACAAAUGAUUAUGUUAGAUAAUAUCGAUGUGGCAUGUAUAUAUAUAACAAGAAUAAUCACAGUUUUUUUUUGAAGAAAA